GCUGUAGUUUUAGGAAGUAUGUUAAGUUAGGCAUAUUAGCUUUCCUUCUGGCUUACGGAUGGCGCUCGUGACCGAGGCCACGUUGAAUGAGGCCUACGAUAUUGUGCGCGCCUCACGUGACUGUGUGCGCACUCCGCUACUGCGCAAUGUUGAGAAACUUGGCUUCUUGGAUUGUCCGGACGAGGUAGAAGUUCAUUUGAAGUUGGAAAAUAUGCAAGUAACAGGUUCUUUUAAAAGCAGAGGAGUAGUGGUUCAACUCGCAAAAGCUCCUUCGCUCGUAACGUCAGGAAAACGAAGUUUAGUAACCAUAUCAGCUGGCAACUACGGUAAAGCAUUCGCCCACGCUUGUUAUCAACGUGGACUAAAAGGUACUGUGAUUAUGCCGCUCACAGCGCCAGAGAGCAGGGAACGAAUUAUACAGUCGAAAGGCUGUGACGUCAUACGAACCGAAUCUUCUGAGCUAAUGACAAAAGUGAAAGAAUUGAUACAUGAGAAGGACAUGACUUUUUUACAUCCAUUCGAUGACCUCAACCUUAUCGCUGGCUAUGGAAGUGCUGGAUUGGAAAUAUUGGAAGAAGUUAAUCCUGAUAUUGUAUUGGUGUGUUGUGGUGGCGGGGGACUCGUGUCUGGUAUUUCUGCUGCUAUAAAAUACAAAGGGUUCAAGGAUACGAAGAUUUAUGCAGUGGAACCAGAGACAGCCAACACUAUGCAAAGAAGCCUGGCACAGAACUCUGCAGCUACACUUCAAACUGCACACAGCUUAGCUGCUGGUCUUGCCCCACCUUUUGCAGGUAACAACACGUUUCAGCACGUGAAGUCGCUUACAGAUGGUGUUCUUACUGUCAGCGACAAGGAAAUAGCCAAAGCGACCCGUGUCCUUUAUAACAAAGGAUUAAUUGUCGAACCGUCCGGAGCCGCCGCCUUUGCUGCUCUCGUUACAGGGAAAGUACCAGAGCUGAAAGGGACAGUCGUGGUUUUAGUGACAGGUGGAAACGCAUCGACUGAAGAGUUGUCUAAAGUAUUCAACGAUUACGAAUGUUAGCGAUCAUAAGGUUGACGAUUGGGCCAAAUCUGGACUAAUCCCAAGUCCUUGACGAAGACCUCGUCACCCCCAUAAGAAUGGAAUAGAAGGCGGACGAUUUAUAAUUUGAGUUAUAGUAGCCUACAUUUGUGUAUGUAUUUGCAUAGGUGAAUAGUUCUGCACUUUUAGUAGACGUUAUAAUUUUGUAAUUAAAUUCCAACACAACCUAA